AUAUAUAUGAAAGCGUAAGCCAGUACAUUAUUAGUCACACUCAUCGUCCAACCUAAGCCGAGCAGACCAAGUUUGUCAAGAAUGCGUUUCACCCAACUCCUAGUGUUUUUUGUGCUUGUUAUGUGCUUUCACGAAGGGACGGCUUUGAAAUGCCGAACCGGUGAACACCGGGCAAACGAUCAAUUCCAAAAAGUUAUGCAACGAUGCAAGGGUCGUGUACUUCAGGGCAAUCGACAUGCCGGCGAUGAUAGUUCAGAUUCAUCGGAGAGUGAGUCAGACUCGGAAGACGAUUACGAAGAUUCGGCAUCGGAUUCCAACGAGAAGGGAUUUGAUAGAAAAAUUAUGACAAAUAUCCACUCCGUGACUUCGAACACUAACCCGAUGAAGAGUUCAAAACCCAACAAUAGCGAAAAUCAGAGGAGUGGUUCAAGUAUGCAUGAUCAAAACUCGGGCUCAACCCGUCCUUAUCCCUACAACAAAAUGGGUAAUAAUAGUUAUGGCGCUCCGGGUGUGAUGUUGAACGAUAAAUUCUUACGAAACACAACAUUGCCAAGUGGAAACUCCAACAGCAUGGCACACUUUGGACGCAAGAACAUGCAGCCGAAUGAGAAUAAUCAGGCUUGUGUCAUUCAGUGUUUCUUUGACGAGUUAAACUUGAUUGAUCGAAAAGGAUUUCCCGAAAAAUCUGCCGUCACGAAAAUUAUGACGCAGGAUAUCCGCGACCCGGAGCUGCAGGAUUUUAUCGAAGAAGCUGUCCUGGAUUGUUUUGACAUGAUUCAGGAAGAAAAGUUUAAUGAGCAGUGCAAGUUUUCGCAAAGCCUUAUAAAUUGUUUGGCUAGUAAGGGGAAAGAGAAAUGCGAAGAUUGGGACAACAUGCAAUAAUUGUUUCUAUAUUUCUGUAAGUUAAUCUGCACCAUGUUUUGUAUUGUACGAGCACAAUCACGUUUUUCUGAUGGACCGACAGAAAGUGUAAUCAUUGGUUUAUUCAGUUGAAUAUUAUACGCAAUGAUAUAACUUUGUAUCAGACAUGUAUAAGAAAAUUGAUGUAAAAAAAGAACAACCAUAAGCACAUUGCAUUAUACAGACCAUAUAUAUAUAUACAUGGCCUCACGCUACAUGCAAGGCUUAAUAAUCAAAUACAUUUAUGUUUUGAUAAA